GGAAGUGGGGUCACUGUGCGUCUUCUUUCUCGCAAAGUACUACCUCCUCCCUAAUCACGCUCGGUCCCAAGGGGUCGAUUUUAACGCGUUGUCAAUACAAUCGAAUCCAGAUAAACGUAUCACCUCUUCAAGACGCCGAACCUCAGUUGGGUCUUUGGGGUGUAGGACCGAUCCCUUCCCCGCUCUCCUCCCGGCUCCCUCCACCAAUGAUCACUACUCGGUCAUAGCCAAACCCCGGAGUGCUGGAUCCCAGCCGGAAAAAACGGGACGGCGAGUGGGAGCGGCGGCACCAUCCCUGAGGCCGCCGCACCGGGCAUGCUCAGUGGCGCGGCCGACUGAGUGGCCCAGCAAGCUGCACCCGGAUCUGCUCGGCGGCGGCAGCAGCGGCGACGUGAGCGCGAAGGGGGGCGGCGGCCUCGCCUCGUCUCUAUCUGCGCCUGGGUCGGGUGGGAGACGCCGAGCGCCAGAGACAUGUCGGAUUUCGACAGUAACCCGUUUGCGGACCCGGAUCUCAACAACCCCUUCAAGGACCCAUCAGUUACACAGGUGACAAGAAAUGUUCCACCAGGACUUGAUGAAUACAAUCCAUUCUCGGAUUCUAGAACACCUCCACCAGGCAAUGUGAAAAUGCCUAAUGUACCUAAUACACAACCAGCAAUAAUGAAACCAACAGAGGAACCUCCAGCUUAUACACAGAUUGCAAAGGAACAUGCCUUGGCCCAAGCAGAACUUCUUAAGCGCCAGGAAGAACUAGAAAGAAAAGCAGCAGAAUUAGAUCGUCGAGAACGAGAAAUGCAAAACCUCAGUCAGCAUGGCAGAAAAAAUAAUUGGCCACCUCUUCCCGGCAAUUUUCCUGUGGGACCUUGUUUCUACCAGGAUUUUUCCGUAGACAUUCCUGUAGAAUUCCAAAAGACAGUAAAAAUUAUGUACUACUUGUGGAUGUUCCACGCUGUAACACUGUUUCUAAAUAUCUUCGGAUGCUUGGCUUGGUUUUGUGUUGAUCCUACAAGAGGGGUUGAUUUUGGAUUGAGUAUCCUGUGGUUCUUGCUUUUUACUCCUUGUUCAUUUGUCUGUUGGUACAGACCACUUUACGGAGCUUUCAGGAGUGACAGUUCAUUCAGAUUCUUUGUAUUCUUCUUCAUCUAUAUUUGUCAGUUUGCUGUACAUGUACUCCAGGCUGCAGGAUUUCAUAAUUGGGGCAAUUGUGGGUGGAUUUCAUCCCUCACUGGUCUCAACAAAAGCAUUCCUGUUGGCGUCCUGAUGAUCAUCAUAGCAGCGCUUUUCACGGCUUCGGCGGUCGUCUCACUGGUCAUGUUUAAAAAGGUACAUAAAUCUUCAGGAUUCGGCUCAUCAAAGGAGGAGUUUUAGAGUUAUGCUUGUUGUGUAUCAAACAUUCAAAAUAAACAUGACUGCUUUCCAAAGAAGAUAGAAUUAUUAAUAUGGAGAUUAUGCAGCAUACUCUGUUAUUUGGAUUUUUUUUUUUUUUUUUAACUUCAUAGUUAAAGAAGUCACCAAUUACAAGUCUCUAAACUUUUCUGGGUCUCAUAUUCCUUAUCUGUGAAGUAAGGAGUUCAGAUGAGAUGAUUUUCUGUAUGAUUUUUGACGUAUAAUAAAUGGAGAUAAUACAAGCUAAAAUAUCAUUUGAGCCAGUCUUCAUAUUUGUAAUGGCAGACAUUUUCCUCGGCUGCUAACUAAAAUGUCAGCAGUUUGAAUCAACCAGCCGCUCCCUGGAAACCCUAUGAGACAGUUGUACUCUGUGCUGUAGGGUCACUAUGAGUCAGAAUCGACUCCACGGCAGCACGUUUGGUUUGGAUUUUAUGAUAGAAAUUAAGAUCCAAUAAAAACACCUGAUUUUUCUUUUUCCUUUUUUAAUUUUCUUUUUGACACUUGUUCAAAACCAGCUGCUUAGAAAAAAUCUUUUGAUGGGUAUGUAGCAGUAGUUUGUAACCACUAGGGGUCAGGCUCUUCAUAAACAGUUGAUGCCCUCUAGAAGUUAUUUGUGAACACUAUUUUGGAUCUAGGAUUGUUGGCUUUUAUUUUGACUCUUCUGUCUCGCCAUCUCCAGACAGAUGUGCUCUAAGGUAUAUAUGUAUUUCAAUUGAAUUAAGUAAAAAUUUUAGAAUUUUAUUGGCUUUCUGAAGCCUUGCAUAAUUGGAGUGGAUAAUCAUUGGUACGUAGAGGGUCCGGUAUGAGCACGAUAGUAUCUUUGUUUCCCCCAUGUCGUUUUAUAAUCAAAAUUAAAAAUAACUGAAGUGUAAGAAUAUAUGUGUCUUGUACCUCUUAAUAGAUAAUGGAAGGGUUCAAUCCUUAUUUUUCACAAAUAUGUAGAUUUCUUAAGUUUUUCUCAGAUUACUUCCAAAUAAGGAGCCCUGGUGGUACAUUGGUUAAGUGCUCAGCUGCUGACUGAAAGGUUGGCAGUUCAAACCCACCAGCCACUCCAUGGGAAGAAAUAGGUGGCAUUCUGUGCCCGUAAAGAUUACAGCCUUGAAAAUGCUAUGGGACAGUUCUGCUCUGUCCUAUAGGGUUGCUAUGAGUUGAAAUUGACUUGGCAGCAGUGAGUUUGGUUUUGGUCUUUUGGUACUUCCAAAUUUUUUUUUAAAAGGCCCUCUUUCUAUAGUAAUCUGUUAGAGUUGAAUAAUGGUUUUGGAAUAAGGGGGAGAUACUGUGAGUUAAAUAACAAUAAAUGAAUGAGUCACAGGAAACUUUAUAUCAGGGGAAUCCAGUUUUUUCCCCUUCUUUUAAUUGGUAUAAGAGUUAGAAUAACUUCAUAUAGAAGAGGUAAAUAGAUAAUGUUGUUGUUGUUAUGUGCCAUUGAGUCGGUUCUGACUCAUAG